UAUCCAUAUGCGUCAUCAUUAAGGGACCCGGAACCAGCUAGCGACGCUACGAGGGGUCGAGUUGCUCCGCUGCGCAGAAAGCUAAUUUUUCCCUCAUUUCAUCAAAAAAAAAUUACGACAUAAACCCGGUAGCAGUCGUUUGGAUGUUCCUGUAAGGUAUUUUCUGUCUCUGAGGUCCAGCAGUGCAGCCGGUUGCCAUGGCGUCUCCAGGGGGACAAGGCGGAGGAGGAGCUCUGUCUACGAGAGGAGGCAGCGGGGCCAGGAGGAUGAAGUGGGCUCUGGAGCUGAGCUUGGGCAACACCAGGAGUCGUGGUGACCGGCAGGGCGGUCAGGGAGACGUUGUUUACCCCAUCGGGUACUCUGAGAAACCCGUCCCCGACACCAGUAUUCAGGAGACAGACAAGAACCUGGUGGAGAAGCGCUGCUGGGACGUGGCUCUCGGGCCCCUGAAACAGAUCCCCAUGAACCUGUUCAUCAUGUACAUGUCGGGCAACACCAUCUCCAUCUUCCCCAUCAUGAUGGUCUGUAUGAUGGCCUGGAGGCCCAUACAGGCGCUCAUGUCCAUGUCUGCCACCUUCAAGCUGUUGGAGAGCUCCAGUCAGCAGUGGCUUCAGGGUCUUGUCUACCUGGUCGGUAACCUCCUGGGCUCGGCAUUGGCCAUCUACAAGUGUCAGUCGAUGGGACUGCUCCCAACACACUCGUCUGAUUGGCUGGCUUUCAUAGAACCACCUCAGAGGAUGGAGAUCAUGGGUGGAGGGAUGGUGUUGUGAAGAGGACAGAGCAUGCACAUACCAGAUUCAAAUAUUUUCAAAGGUUAUAUUCUGUACAUUCUCCGCCUGCGCCACGCAGCCUGGCUUACCUGUUAAAAGCUGUCUGGCUCUAGCACCACAACACAUUCAACCUCUACAUGGCAGUUACAACUGGCAAGGCGUUUGUUAAAUCAGCAGCAGGAUGUGCGGCGCAGCUUUCUACACGGGCCUCGUCCGCCACACACACACAUUUUGUUUGCGUUUUUUGACAGAAACAUUAACGUUACAUUACUUCAGCCUGCUGCUCUGCUUCACGAUUCUUUUAGCCAGCAGAUCAUCAUGUUGACUACUGUUGAACUACUGUAUUUUUCUUUCCAACACAAUAGGAGGUUAUUCAAGAGGUUAUUGUACAGAAUACAGAAUUAUAGCCAGUUUUGGGGGCAGGCGGCAUCAUUAAAACAGCUCUUUAUAUAUCUAUAACUCCUAACAAUGGAGGUAACAGUCUGUAAAGGGUUUUCAUUUUGUCAGAGAAGGAGUCUUAUUAGGUUGUAUCACAGAAUUUUCUUCUUUUUUCCAUUAUUUUGUUUCACAGUUUGUAGUGAAACACUUUGUUUUGUCAACAUGAUUUCAGCACUCUAGCCAGCAACAUUUACUAACCUGUCUAAUUUAUAGGUCUGUUUAAUUUAUACUGAUUUGCUCUAUGAAAAUGUUCUAUGAAAUAAAUCCUUAUUGGCUGAAAUAAAAUGUUUUCAACUGUGUCAAUAAAUGCGUUGGAUGAAAAAUGA